CAGGCUAGACACUUGCAUCUGCCGAAGAUUGAUCAGUAGCUACUCAAACCAAUCUAGCCUCGCCCGAACACGAGCAUUUCCGGAGUUUCUGUCUCCCCUUGGCAGCUAGGCAUCUAACAACCCAGCAGUAGCAAUGAAGCAAAAGAUUGUCAUCCAGUUGAGCAUGUCGUGCGACAAAAGCCGGUCGAAAGCACUGACGCUGGCCGCCAAAGCAGCCGGGGUGACGUCCAUGGGGAUAACUGGAGACGCCAGGGACCAGCUGGAGGUGGUCGGCGACGGCGUCGACCCGGUGUGCCUUGUCAGCUGCCUCCGCAAGAAGCUUGGCCACGCCCAAAUCGUCAAGGUGGAGGAAGUGAAGAAGCCGGAGGAGAAGAAGAAGGAUGAGCCGAAGCCGGCAGUACCCGUGCACCCGCCGCCGUACUACUUCUACCCGCCCAGCUCCUACUACCACCACCAGUACCCGCUAUACUUCUGACCAUGUAACUGCCCGAGAGCGAUUUUGAAGUACUCUAAUUUUGUCAACAACUACAAAUAUACAUAGGCGUGUUUAUUAAUUCAUUGAAGGAAAUGAAAAGAAAAAGGAGAGAAACUCUAUCUAUUUACGAGUUCGCUAGGCUAAUUUCCAGUUCGAAAUCAAGAAAACAGCACGAUAGAUAUAUAGUAUGUCACCUGCAGGAAAAGGUAGGACGUCACACCAUGAUACCCUCAGCCCCACAUUGUGACGAAUGUCGUCCAAUCAUAUGAUCGGGUAAUAAUUCGAGUCGAUCCAUAUAAAUAACCACGAUCCUGUAAGAACCGAACAAGAU